AUGAAAAUAAAAAAAGACAUUCGAAGGAAAGCAGCCGAUUACAAAAAACAAUCGUUUUUGACAGGAGGAGGUCAACCGCCUGAAAUUAAAUGGGAUCCAGUGGAUGAAAUGCUUAUGGGAAUCGUUAAUAGAAAAACCAUCAAUGGUUUGGUUUCCCAAUUUGAUUCAGAUAGUAUGGGAUCAGUCGAGAAAAAUCAAAGAUCUAAUGAAAGCACAAUCAGUUACGAGUUCACUCCCAAUUCCACCUACUAUAAUGAACUGACAUUGCAUGGAUUACAACAGCAUUACGUUAAACUCAAAGAAAAUGAAAAGAAUAAAAACUUAUUUGAGUUGCUCGAUGUUCUCGAGUUCAAUCAGGUAGUCAUUUUUGUGAAGUCAGCUAAACGAUGUUUGGCUCUAGAACAGUUGCUGACUGAAGAGAAUUUCCCAGCCAUCGGAAUUCACAGAGGAAUGAACCAGAAAGAGAGGCUGUCUCGGUAUGAGCAGUUCAAAGAUUUCCGGAAGAGAAUAUUGGUAGCUACGAAUCUCUUUGGGCGUGGCAUGGACAUUGAAAGGGUCAACAUUGUCUUCAACUAUGAUAUGCCAGAAAACUCCGAUACCUACUUACACAGAGUUGCUAGGGCAGGACGGUUUGGUUCAAAAGGUUUGGCCAUCACUUUCGUUUCCGGAGAGGAGGACGUCAAGAUUUUGAACAAAGUCCAAGAGAGAUUUGAUAUUGCUAUUACAGAGUUACCUGAUGAAAUUGAUCUCAGAUCCUACAUUGAGGGUCGAUAA